GUCUGCAGUCGGAUGGUAUUGCGUCUUUCGCAUAGGGAUUGCAUCAGGAAUAUGUGAAUCCUACUCGAUACAGAGCUUCGAGGAGCCGAGGUACUCGACACACACCCCGAUGCCUCGACGCAAACCAUAACAUCACUAACACGGGCUGGAUCCUCCUGUCAUAAUACGCCGGUCGUCCGUCGAAUAUCCAUCGAGAUAUUUCGGAAUUUGAAGAGACCAAGUCAAAAUGCGCAUCAUGUGGAUCUUCAUGGUCAUAUGUUUAGCUGUCUCUUGUUUAUCUGUCUAUCAUGCUAUUACGUUCGGACCUUGUCCCUGGGAUGAAUACAGAGUCGGAUUUGAAUGUUGCCCUUUAUGCCAUCCUGGAUCGUAUUUUGUAAUGGACUGCACAGAGAAAAAAAUUACAAACUGCUCAUGGUGCCCCGAUGGUACUUUCAAAGAAGGCCUUGAUUUGAAGAAGGAAUGCUCUACCUGUACAAAGUGUGACGCAGGUCUCGGUCUGAAGGUGAAGAAGUCGUGUUCAUCAACAUCAGAUGCUGUGUGUGAGGUCCUGGAUGGAUUCUUCUGUAGUGACUCUAACAGAGGUGGAUGUAGGGCCGCUCAGAGACACCGUCUGAGCUGCAGUCCUGGUCAAUACAUCGGUCAAAGAGGAACAGCAGAUAAAGACACGGAGUGCCUUCACUGUACUGAUGGAACAUUCUCAGAUGGCACAUCAACGUCUUGUCAGAACCACACAAAUUGUGAAUCUGUGGGACUGAAUCUGAUGAAACCAGGAACUGAUUCAACUGAUUCUGAAUGUGGAGAACAUGGUCAACAUAGAGGACUAGAGAGAGGACAUGUGGCAGGAAUAGUAAUACCAGGAGUCAUACUGGUAAUGGCUUUGAUAAUCAUAGCCAUUAUUCACAGAAAGAAAAUAAGAGAAUGGAGAUUGACAUCAAAGAUGGAGACCCUGAGCCAGGAGUUGAGCCAAGGCUGCUGUCUAACAGGGAUUUACACUCCUGCACCAACCAGGGACCAACAAGAACAUCCCACAACUACCCCUGCUGCCGCUAUGGAUGAUCAUGAUGGUGACCAGAGUCUGGGUCCCCCUCAAGCCCCACAUAAUGGAUCUGUGUUGCUCCCACAACAUCCUGAGGUCAAUCAGACUGUCCUCUUCAGGACAGACGGAGGACAGCUUCUCUGUCCCCCUCACUCUGGGUCCCCCCUCUCCCUCCCGGUCCACCCCCCUCACUCUGGUGCCCCCCUCCCCCUCCCAGUCCACCCCCCUCAGUCUGGGUAGCAGGGAUGGAAAUGAACUCCCGCCACACGCCAUUUGCCCGUGGAUUUGUUUGGUGGCGGGUGAAUUGUGUCACUUCACCCGCCACUGUGUCGGGUAAUACUUUCAAGUAAGUCUGAUCAAAUUUGCAUGUUUAAUACUGUAAUGAACUCGCCGGUGACUUAACGAUGUCCAGUCAUAAGUAUUUGAAGGAACUUUAAUGCACUACUAGUAACGUUACAACUUAAGUUACGGUGGUGCAACCAAAAUUUAGAACAUCUUUAGUUUGACACUAGCUACAUCGAACGUAGGGUUAAGGCAGACUUUACACCCGAACUUAGGAUCGGAUUUACGUUCUGCUGGUGCAACCGACUGCAGGCCUCCAGGUGAUUCAUCCAGUUUUAUCUAUCAGCCUGGGUCUCCCCUCCCAGUCAGAUUACAGGUCUGCUGCUGGAUUUUACUUUUUUUAAUCUAUUUUCUUUUAUUUGAUU